GGAAAUUUAUAGCCUGAGAUACAUAUAUUAGCAAAGAAAGGCUGAAUGUUAGUUACCGAAGUAUUAAUCUCAGAAGCUACAAAAUAAUUAACAAUUAAAGUAAAGGAAUGCUCCGGUGGCUCCCUGGGGACUGGAGUGUGUGUGAGGUAGGAGACAGACCCUCCAUAUGUGAAAGGAGCGUAUGCCUUAAGCAGACGGUCUGAGGGGUCAGGCUGCAGGAGUCUGCAGCUCAGCAACUGCCUUCCCUUUCACUGUCUGGGAAACUUUGGGUAAAUCUUUUCUCUUCUGUCUGUUUUCAUACCUAUAAUAUGGAAAGAAAGCUUCCACCUCCUGAGUUUGUUGUGAGUUUUGAACAAAUUACUCUCUGCAAGCAUUUAGAAAAGUUCUCAGCACCCAGUGGGCAUUGUCCUGAGUAUUUUGAUCAUCUGUGUUGCGGCAGGACCCAAGGUCAUGGGAUGACCAAGUUUUGAUCUUCCUGCAAACCCAGUUCCAAGGCUCCAGCCAUCCUGUGUCUCACUGAAGGUCUGUUGCCCAAUGGCCAUGCCCAAGAUCUGCCUGAGCCCAGUGCCCUGGGAACAGGAUGGCUUUCUCCUGGUGAAGAUGGAGGAGGAGGAGGAGGCCAGUCUCUCCCAGGUCCAGGAAUCUAGCUUUGGCCACACCGUCCACCCUGAGGCUGCACGCCUGCGCUUCCAGCACUUCUGCUUUGAGGAGGCGUCCAGCCCUCCCGAGGCACUGGCCGGGCUCCGGGAGCUCUGCCGCCAGUGGCUGCAGCCCGAGAUACACUCCAAGGAGCAGAUGCUGGAGCUGCUGGUGCUGGAGCAGUUCCUGGGCACGCGGCCCCCCGAGAUCCAGUCUUGGGUGGGCGCUCAGUGCCCCAAGAGUGGUGAGGGGGCUGCUGUGCUGGUGGAGGAUCUGACUCGGGCACUGGACAAGAGAGGCUGGGUGCUGGGAUCUGAGCUCACAGACACCAGCUGUAAGCAGAGCGGUUCGGAGGAGUCGGAGCCCUGGGACAGGGCUGCCGAAACCCUGGGAGGAGGGACUCCCCCGCGAGCCACCUUUGGUGGUGACUGUGAAUCCCAGGGUGGCCCAGAGAGGCAGGCCAGCCUCUCAGGGGAAACGUGGGCCCAGUCUGCCCACCAGAUGGAUGUCAGGAAAACGUCAGGGCCUUACAAGGAGGGGCCCCCAGCCCAGCCCAGCUGUGAAGCUGGUGCCUUGGGGGACAGCCCCCACAUGCGGCCAGACCUCACCUCCCGAGAGAAGACUCCUUCUGAGGAGAGAUGGGAUCCACCGGAUGGCUGUGGGACAGAGCCUCCAGGCACGUGCUCAGGGAGGAAGCCCCCCCCCCCGUGUGGAGAGUGGGGGAAGACCCUCCAGAGCCCCUCGGAGGCCCACCAGAAGAGCCAGGCCCGCAGGACGCCCUACACGGGCAGCGAGUGUGGGAAAGCCUUCGGCUGGAGCGCGCACCUGGCCCAGCACUGGGGGGUGCACACGGGGGCCAAGCCCCACGCGUGCAUGGAGUGUGGCAAGGCCUUCGGUCGGCUCACCCACCUGAGCCAACACCGGAGGGUGCACACCGGUGAGAAGCCCUACGCCUGCGGAGAGUGCGGCAAGGCCUCCCGCCGCAGCACCCACCUCAGCCAGCGCGGGUGGACGCACACGGGCGAGCGGCCCUGCACGUGCGACGCGUGCGGCCAGGCCUUCAGCCAGAGCACGCAUCUGACCCAGCACCAGUGCGUGCACACAGCCGAGAAGCCUGAGGGCAGCGCCUGCGGCCGUGCCUUCAGCGACUGCGCCGCGGUGCGGCACCUGCGGGCGCGCUGCGAGAAGCCCUGCCAGGGCCGGGAGGGCCGCAAGGCCUUGGCGCAGAGCUCCUCCCUCCUGGGGCCACGCAUGCACACCGGCGAGCCCUGCCGGUGCAACGGCGGCGGGAAGGCCUUCAGCCGCAGCUCGGCCCGCCUGGGUCACCUGCGCCUCCACGCCAGCGUCCUCCAGUGACCGGCGCGCCUCCCGCCGCGUCGCAGCGCUGGCGAGGAACCUGAAUUCCAGAAGAGCCAGGACAGCUGGACUGGGGACUGGUGCGUCCCUGAAACGACAGGGGCUUCCGGGCAGAAUGUGGGGCUGCUGGGGGACAGCGCUUCCUUCAGGGCUGUGGAAGGAGGCUCUCCAGGCCAGCCCGCGAAGCUCCCAGAAGCCCCCGGCCGCCCUCCGCUGCCCACUCAGGGCCAUCUCAGGACAGCUGAAUCCGAGGGGGGAGCUGGUCCUUGAGGCCAGGACUCAGGGGCCCCCAGGUGCUCAGGCGGGAGGCUCGCCUUCACACGCCCGCGUGGCUGCCCGCCUUGCCCGCCCCUCUCCUGUGUAACUGGGGCCUGCCCGCGCCCACCUACCUCUUCACACACACUGUUCUCUCCGCCUGCUCCAGCCCAACUCCGAGGCCAGCCUGGGGGCUGCCUUUUCCACGAGGCCCUCUCCGACCCUCAGCCUCUCUGGCACUUUCCCUGUCCUGAGGGGGCUCUUGUCCCUGCACAGCAUCCAUUUCUCCCUGCCCACUCCGAGCACGGCCCACCCGACGUCAGGCUGUUGAUUUUACCUCCACUACUCCACCUUCACCGUCAUCACCGCCUGCAGGCCCACAUCCCCUGUCCCGGGGAUUCCAGCAGGGGGUCUCCCUCCUGACACCUUCCUGCCUUCAUCACACACACAUACACCACAUGCAUACACACACAGCGCAUGCAUGUAUCACACACACCACAUGCACACACACCACACACACACACAC